CAAGAACAAAGGUCGACGAUGGAUUUUGAUUUGGGGUCGCGCGGCAAGAAGCUACAGAAGGAGCAGGCCGCAAGAAGAGAAGCGGCUCGCUUGAAGAUGGAGAGGGAGAAGGCUCUUGUCGAGAAAACAAACCAACUUCGGGUCGAGAUGGAAGUCGAAGCGCAACGUCGACGCGACGAGCUGGCGCAACAAGCGGCGGCCGACGAAGAGCGACGUGUGGAAGAGCAACGCAUCACGGGUGGCAUCGUGUACAAGAAGUCCCUUCGCGCAGUGCCGAUCGCGAACGACGGCGACAAGGUCACGUUGCCCGUGUCGGCCCUGGAGGAGCUGAACCCGCAAAACGCAUUGGAUUUGGGUGUGUUUACGUUCGAAUUGGUUGCUGGAGGCCACACCACCCAUGCGAGUGUGUUGGAGUUCGUGGCCGACGAGCACACGAUCGGGAUUCCGCCCAAAGUUGCGCGGUCGUUGCAUCUCAUGGACGAGGCCGUGGACAUUGCCGUGCGUUUUGUGCGGCUUGAAAAGGGUCGUGCGGUUAAACUACAGCCUCGUGGAGACGGGUUUGGUGACCGUCAAAUCGAUAUCAAGCACCUUCUCGAACGCACGUUACAUACCCACACUACGCUCACUGAAGGCGACAUCCUCCUUGUUCGACACGGCAAAGUGACGUUUGAAGUUGCCGUCAAGGAAAUCGUGCCCGAGCCCCAGGUGACGAUAUUAAACGUGGAUUUGGAAGUCGAUUUGCUGCCAAGCGAAGCGAUCGACCGACAGAUCACGGCCAAGCAAGUUGCUGCGCAACAACUAGUAGCUGCAGAACAAGCCCAGCAACGACUCCACGAGCAAAGCCUCCAACGGCAAGCAGACGCCCUCGCAAGACUGCCCCCUGAACCGCCCCUCGAUGACGACGCCGGCGUCAUCAAACUCAUGGUUCGUACGCCCGACGGGUCGCAGCACGCGCGCCGCUUUGCCGCGUCUGAUUCCGUGGCCACGCUGUACGACUUUGUCACGAGUAUCACUGGCUUGGCGUCGUUUCUCAUGGCAACCAACUACCCCCGUCGGGUGAUCCCCCUCUCGACGUUGCCGCUCCAGGACGCCGGGUUUCGAGGUCGACAAGAAGCUGUGUUUGUCGAGCCAUGCAAGGCACCAACAGCAGUGCCAGACCAAGCGGUCAAUGAUGUCGACAUGCAAGUUGACGAUGCAGCACGGGUACCUGCAGACGCCUGGGGGCACGCGCGGGCGCGAUGGGAAACCAUACAAGACGAGGCUCUGUUUACGCCCGAUGUGAUGCCCGUGCACGCGUUGGAGCCGGUUCUGCCAACGCAAGUCGACGGCAACAAGUGGGGCGCCCAGUUGCACGAGCUGGAAAGCAUGGUAUGUAGUAGUACUGUGCACGAAUUGAUAUUUCGAGAGUGGUCACAUGCUAUGAUGUAUAUAUAUAUAUAUAUUCUUAGGGCUUUGUGGACCGCGACUUGAACGUGCAAAUUCUCGAGAAAUACCAAGGCCGGUUGCUGCGCGUGGUGAAUUACUUGUCGGAAUUAGCAAUCGAAACCUAAAAUAAUUAUCAAGUUAUGAUUUUCAUAACGUGAUACAUCGAUUCGAAAGUGGACAAUCGAAUG